CGCUACUGCAGCGUUCCGAGAGCGGGAAGCGACAGUACCUAGCAGAAACAGAGACUCUGAGCGUCUCGAACUCCACGGAAACUUGAGAGUGAUGCAGUAGGUGCGCAUUGAGGAAGGGGCUCACAAAAUCUGGGAACGUUACCUACGUGGUGUCGCAAGCUUUUGGACGGAGUAGUGGUAUUCGGUUCUAUAAGCUUGCGAGCAGCCGACACGAGACGAGCUUUGGGUGACCAAGAGCGAACGAGCUUGGGCAAUGUUUUCCUAGUUGGAUCUGUGCUUUUCGAGCUUGGACUUGAUCAAACUGACUUCCUCACUGCCCCAUUGUUGAGAUGAAUGGCGUAUUGCUUAAAACUCUCGCGUUCUGGUAGUAGAUCUUCCCGCUUUUACCGAUUGAUCAAAGUUUGAUAAAAUCCGUCUUUGGUGGCUUUGCAUGAUCUCAUGGAAGACCUGGUAGAUAAGCCUCGUAACCAAGUAUUGACGCAAGAGGUUUGAAGUCAAUGUCAUUCAACCUCCCCUAUCAACAAAAAUCGAAGAGAUUGACGAGGUUCUCUCACUCGCUCCGGCUUCUUGGCUUUGGAGGGUUGCUGAUUCAGGUUCCUCCCCUCAUAAUUUGAAAGGCAAUAUCAAGUGCCUGUAGCUUUGCAGCUAAGAUGGCUUCGGGGCCAAAUACGGUUCCGCAGGCCCCACCAAAGCCAACCACAAGCGUUCUAUGGCUCGAUUGAAAGUCCUUUUUGCCAUGGAUGCUUGUCUGCUGCAAUAAGAGGAGCAUAAUUAACUCGUUAGUUAUGAGCAUAACACAUCAGGCAGGUCAGGGGCUGGGCCGGGCCAGGCUGAACUCGCUGUCUUCAACGGGUUGUUGAGGAGGUUUGAACUCAAAGCUAAUUCUGAUGCUGUAGAAAUCGGCUGUUGGUAUGUUCCUUUCUGAAUCAAUUGGCUCCAUUCAACGUCCUGAAGAUAAUGUCUCGUCUCCUUAUCCCGUUGAUCAUCACAUCAACCCCUAGCAAGGUCUAAGGUCCCUCAACGGGGGCCCCCAGCAGCUCCCCCCUACCCCCCAAUUUCAAUGCCAGGGCUCCCGCAGCACAGGAACAGAAGGAAGAGCCACAGCUUCAGGUGCACGAGCCACCAGGCAAAUCCGCCUAAGGAUGUCCCCAGACGCACAAAGACUUAUCGAGCACUCAGUGGCUCAUUUCCGUGGAAAAGUGGCUCCACUAUGCGAUCUAAACCCAGUUUGUCCUAAUGCUGGUGCUGGUGCUUCCCACAACUUGGACCUGCUGUUGGCUUUGGGUUAGGUAGGCGUAGGCCGUACGGUCGUACCUACCUACCUAGCUCGAGAGUUUCCACUGCAGUGCAGUUUCCCCCCUACCAUGGCCCCCGGGCCAAGCCAGGCCAGGUCUUUCCCAUCACAUUCUCGCUCCUGCUCUGCUCUCUGCCACCAACUUCACCAAACCUUACCUUCCUUUCCACUUGCACUUGCACUUCCACUUUCCCUGGCCUCUCGCGACGGACCCUUUUUUCUUCUCCUUCACACGCCCGUUCCAACCAUCAUCACCUUCCGAAUACCCUCCCGACCGUCGAUUCUCUCAUUAUUGUCUGCGUAAGGUACUGAACCGCCUCGCAAGCUCCGACUGUCAUUUAUUGACUCCAGUCCGACGCUCCGUAAGUCAUAUCCUAUUAGUGAUAAAAUCCUCGUCGCCAUCAACCAGGGGCAAGCGACAAUUCCAUUCCAUAUAGGUGCUACAACAUGGAAAUGGGCAUCGACAGAAUCAAUCAAAUGAUGGACGAUGCUCCCUUGGACUCAUUCGUCCCGAUUGCGAUGACAUUUGCCCGAGACAAAACUCGAUUGACGCGACUCGCCGACCUUCCCUGACCCGUCUUUUGCCCAUCUCGCGAUGCCUCGAUUUACACUGCGAACUCAUCGAUGUCAUUCCAGCACCUCGCUAAUAUUGAAGAUUAACAGUUCUCAACCUAUUCGCGCGCCUCAUCGCCGUGACUCUCCCUCCAAAACCGCUCUCACUCGCCCACCUCGGCACCCCGUUCCAAGAUGCCUCAGUACACUUCUCGCGAUGUCGGCGACCCUUCGCAAAUCAAGAAGAACAAGCAGUCGAUGGCCGAUCUCAAGCUCCGACGGCUAACCGAGCUCAACAACCGUCUGCGCGAGGAUCUUGAGCGAGAGCGUAUUCCCGUCAGCACAGCAUCAAAGAGCAUCAUUGCCUACUGCAAUGGCACUCGCGACUACAUGGUUCCCUCCGUCUGGGGCGCUGUACCCAAGGGCGAGGACCCUUAUGCGCCGCAACAAUCUGGCGGCUGCUGUGUGGUCAUGUAAUGCCACCCGUGAUAAUAAUUUUUCCUUAUUACUGGUUACCAAAAUCAACAAUUACGCAAUGUCGGCAAUGAUUCAGCGAUUAGGGGGUGGGCCGCAGUCGGUUUCGAUAUGUUUGUGACGCAUCUAAGGGGAGUAAACCAAGGAGAACUGAGUAUGGGAUACUCGGAUGAUGGAGGCGAAUUAGGCCCUGGAUACCGAAGCUCUUGCUAGCACUACCACGACGGCUACUUGGGAAGCUACCAGGAACGACUUGCCCUAUUGACGAAGCGACGCGAAGCGCGAGAAAGAGGGAGAAAGCCCAUACACAAGAUCCAGCUGUACCAGAAGGACCCAGAUCAAGAUACCCAAGAUACCAUACUAUUUGAGCGGGUCACGAAAACCAACAGCGAGAGCAAUGGAGCCAUGGUUUAUGAGGAGGCUGGACUGGACUACAGCGAUUUAAUAUUUCUGUCUCCGCACGUUUGUUUUUCUUCCCACUGGAAGAGACAUGGAUGUUGCUAUGAGACCAACGAUAAGGGGAGAGGUUGAAGAACCACUACGACGAGUCCGGGUCUGAGCCCGGGCCUUAGAAAACGGUUUAUGGAUCGGGCUCUUGCGCGAAUGUAAUAAUUCUCCUUUUUAUCAUCAUUUUUCUGUUAUCAUCUCGGUGUCAUUUCCAUCCAAUGUCGUGUACGUUCCCCCAGCAAAUAUACUUUUUAUCUAUGAUUUGAUGACUUUAAUCCUUGCACCUGCUGAUCUGGAGGCUUUGAGAUAUGAGUCUCAAUCGUGCUUAUACUCGGUUUUAUAACUCGUGAUUUCCACUCAGUCAUUUCUGUCCAUAGGACAAAUCACUAUUUCACAUAGUGCAGACUUUGAGGGUUUAAGGAUUCAAUCUUACGCCCGCCCAACCCGACCCGGGCAAUUCUUCCUUGCAGCCUUUUGCUGGUAGAGGUACUCGGGAUUCUACGAGUAUUACAGAGUACAUAACGUCCCGACCUGGAGCAGGUCUUGAAUAUGAUUAUACACUACCCAUUCACUUUGGCUACGACGUAGAGAGUGCUGCCACUUCCGCUUCUAACCUGUAACAG